AUGGAUUCCUUCACGUCUGAUUUUGUCGACAAUGUAGGGCAUCAAAUCUCAGCGUAUCCUGUCUUUCCAACACCACCCGAUAUCCAUUUCGGCUUUCACACUCUUGAAUCGACAAACACAUUCAUCAAUGGCCCAAGUGAAAGCGUUCAGAUCGAUUCUUGGUUCUGUCAAAAAUGGUUGGAUAAUUCUCGAAACGUACAAACGGAAGCCGUCACCAGCUCAGUUGACUGCAAAGAGUCGACAGCGGCAGCAUGUUCAGAGCACGGGAUCCAGAUCCUCGCUCGGCCUGCUCGAGAUCAUAAUUCAAAUACAAGGUCAAAAGUUCAGCAGGACAGAAAGUCCCAUUCCAUGCAGACUACAACUAUCACAAAGCAAGGCUAUUCUGAGCAAGACGGCCAGAACCGAGAUUCCAUGCAAGAUAAAGCAUCGCGAAUUCGGGAGAGGAAUCGAAACAUUGCCCGCAAGUACCGAGGCCGCAAGCAAUGUGAAGCAGAGGCUUUAGAAGCUUACACGCAGAAAUUGCAAGGGGAGAAUGCGAUCUUGCGGGCCCGCUGCAAUGGUCUGGCCAACGAAGUACUGGAUCUCAAGAGUCUAUUAUUGCAGCAUUCAGAGUGCAAUUGUACGAUGAUCCAAGCAUUUAUUGCUGUUGAGGCAAAACGGUCACUCCACAGCCUUCUUUCACCAAACUCAUAUAGUUAA